GGUGCGCAGCUCAGCUCCUGGGAGAGAGAGCAGCGGGGGCCGCGGAGCUGGAGCCAGAUACGGAACCGGGGCCUGGGCAGGAGUCAGGGCCAGGGCCAGGCCGGAGCGGACUCCAACGAUAUGGGGUCGGCCGACUCCAAGCUGAAUUUCCGAAAGGCAGUGAUCCAGCUCACCACCAAGACACAGCCUGUGGAAGCCACUGAUGACGCCUUUUGGGACCAGUUCUGGGCGGACACGGCCACCUCGGUGCAGGAUGUCUUUGCACUGGUGCCAGCGGCGGAGAUCCGGGCAGUGCGAGAGGAGUCACCCUCCAACCUGGCCACUCUGUGCUACAAGGCUGUGGAGAAGCUGGUGCAGGGAGCAGAGAGCGGCUGCCACUCGGAGAAGGAGAGGCAAAUUGUCCUGAACUGCAGCCGGCUUCUGACCCGCGUGCUGCCCUACAUCUUUGAGGACCCUGACUGGAGGGGCUUCUUCUGGUCCACAGUGCCCGGGGCAGGGCGAGGAGGGCAGGGAGAGGACGAUGAUGAGAAUGCCCGGCCCCUGGCUGAGUCCUUGCUCCUGGCCAUCGCCGACCUGCUCUUCUGCCCAGAUUUCACCGUCCAGAGCCACCGGAGGAGCACUGUGGACUCGGCAGAGGACAUCCACUCCCUGGACAGCUGUGAAUACAUCUGGGAGGCUGGUGUGGGCUUCGCUCACUCCCCCCAGCCCAGCUACAUCCAUGACAUGAACCGGAUGGAGCUGCUGAAACUACUGCUGACGUGCUUCUCUGAGGCCAUGUACCUGCCCCCAGCUCCGGACAGUGGCAACACCAACCCGUGGGUGCAGUUUUUUUGUUCCGCGGAGAACAGACACGCCCUGCCCCUCUUCACCUCCCUCCUCAACACCGUGUGUGCCUAUGACCCUGUGGGCUACGGGAUCCCCUACAACCACCUGAUCUUCUCUGACUACCGGGAGCCCCUGGUGGAGGAAGCUGCCCAAGUGCUCAUUGUCACCUUGGACCAUGACAGCGCCACCAGCACCAGCCCCACCGUGGACGGCACCACCACAGGCACCGCCAUGGAUGAUGCCGACCCUCCAGGGCCUGAGAACCUGUUUGUGAACUACCUGUCCCGCAUCCAUCGCGAGGAGGACUUCCAGUUCAUCCUCAAGGGCAUAGCCCGGCUGCUCUCCAACCCCCUGGUCCAGACCUACCUGCCCAACUCCACCAAGAAGAUCCAGUUCCACCAGGAGUUGCUGGUCCUCUUCUGGAAGCUCUGUGACUUCAACAAGAAAUUCCUCUUCUUUGUGCUGAAGAGCAGUGAUGUGCUGGACAUCCUGGUCCCCAUCCUCUACUUCCUCAAUGAUGCCCGAGCAGAUCAGUCUCGGGUGGGCCUGAUGCACAUUGGCGUCUUCAUCCUGCUGCUUCUGAGUGGGGAGCGGAACUUCGGGGUGCGGCUCAACAAGCCCUACUCAGUGCGUGUGCCCAUGGACAUCCCCGUCUUCACGGGUACCCACGCCGACCUGCUCAUUGUGGUAUUCCAUAAGAUCAUUACCAGCGGGCACCAGCGGCUGCAGCCCCUCUUCGAUUGUUUGCUCACCAUCGUCGUAAAUGUGUCCCCCUACCUCAAGAGCCUGUCCAUGGUGGCCGCCAACAAGCUGCUACACCUGCUGGAGGCCUUCUCCACCACCUGGUUCCUCUUCUCUGCUGCCCAGAACCACCACCUCGUCUUCUUCCUUCUGGAGGUCUUCAACAACAUCAUCCAGUACCAGUUUGAUGGCAACUCCAACCUGGUCUACGCCAUCAUCCGAAAGCGCAGCGUCUUCCACCAGCUGGCCAACCUGCCCACCGACCUGCCGGCAAUCCACAAGGCGCUGCAGCGGCGCCGACGGGCGCCUGAGCCCUUGUCCCGCACUGGCUCCCAGGAGGGCGCCUCCAUGGAGGGCUCCCGCCCAGCUGCCCCCGCCGAGCCAGGCACCCUCAAGACCAGCCUGGUGGCCACCCCAGGUCUGGCGCCGGCGGGUGGCGGUGGGGGGUGUGGAUACCAGCAACAAGUGUGGGGCGAAGGCAUUGACAAGCUGACGGAGAAGUCCCAGGUAUCAGAGGAUGGCACCUUGCGGUCCCUGGAGUCUGCGCCCCAGCAGAACUCAGCAGAGGGCAGCCCAGCCGCGGAGGAGCCCAGCCAGGUGUGGCGGGAGCAGCGGCGACUGUCCAACGCAUCAGCCAGUGGGCAGUGGAACCCGACGUCGGAGUGGGUCCUCUCCUGGAAGUCAAAGCUGCCGCUGCAAACCAUCAUGAGGCUGCUCCAGGUGCUGGUUCCCCAGGUGGAGAAGAUCUGCAUUGACAAGGGCCUGACGGAUGAGUCCGAGAUCCUGCGGUUCCUGCAGCACGGCACCCUGGUGGGGCUGUUGCCUGUGCCCCACCCCAUCCUCAUCCGCAAGUACCAGGCCAACUCGGGAACGGCCAUGUGGUUCCGCACCUACAUGUGGGGCGUCAUCUAUCUGAGGAAUGUGGACCCACCUGUCUGGUACGACACGGAUGUGAAGCUAUUUGAGAUCCAGCGGGUGUGAAGAUGGAAGCCGACAAGGGGCAGGGACUGGGGAGGGCGGGGACCCUGAUCCCCCAGUGUUCUCCCCAUGUUUUCCCCGACUCCCUGUUCUCAGCUUUAAAUGACUAUGAUCAGGGCUGUGGGCGUGAGUGGUCGAGUCCUGGGUGGCAGGCCCCAGAGGCCCCUCGUGGCUGGGGUGGUGAGGACCACCCCUGCCCCUCACCUCCAUGCUGGACUCGGAGGAAACUUCUGUCUCUGGGGCUGCAGGCCCUGGCCAGAGCCCCCACCUCACUCUGGCUCCCCUUCAAGAGCCGUUUCUGUGCUGACCCUCAGUGCCCGCUCGGCUCCUGAGCUGCGCACCCCUGGAGGCCACCAGGUCACUGUGCCCUAAUGGGUGGCCCAAGAGGAAGACUUGGGCUGUCCCUUGAGGCACUUGGACAGGAUGAAGGGAGCCUUUCUGUGCCUCCUAACCUGAAACCACCUGGUCCGGGCCCAGCUUGCAUCCAGGGCCGUGGGAGGAAGGAAGGUGGCCAGGCUGCUCCUGGAGGAGGCUGGGGGCUGACGGACUACAAAAGUCGGACUAGGGGACCCCUUCAUUUUAGGGGUGUGGAGUGGCAGGCUGAGGGUCUCCUGCUAUAUUCUUUCGGGUCACCAGGUGUAGCCUGGCUUGCUCUUACAUAGUAAUGGGUGUGAGGGAAUGGGGGUGGGGGAGACUGUUCAGUUCUCCCUGCUCCACCCACUGCCCGAUGACUAGGGGGCAGGGGGACCAGGAUGCCACCCCUCUGUCCUUCUGGUUCCGGCCUCCAGAUCUCCCUCACCCCGCCUGUGCCAGUACAAUCAUUGCUCUGUACAAUCGGCCUCUUUACACAAUAAAACCCCCUCUCUA